AGAUGUAUACAAGAAACCUUACCAGUCCAUACUGCCUCAUUGGACUUCCACAGAAGCUCAGUGCAGAGCCAGAGUAAUUCAGGCAUGUGGGUAGUGCGUAUAUGUUAUCUGAAGAAGACAGGCGCAAGAUGGAUAACACUCUGAAAUCUCUGCAAGAUAUAGUCUCCUCACUGUUGCCUGAGAAAAAUCCAGCAUUUGUCUUUAAAGAUUUGAAUGUGGUAGAAACAUUGCAAGAGUUUUGGGAGAAGAAAAGAAAUCAAGGAGCUGUUUUUAAGAAUGGAAGCCUUGUGGUAUAUGAAUCAGUGCCAUCUUCUGCUGCUCCAUAUGUGUGUUAUGUCACUCUGCCAGGAGGUAGUUGCUUUGGCAGCUUUCAGUACUGUUUAACCAAAGCUGAUGCCAGACGAGAUGCAGCCAGAGUAGCCCUGGUGAACUCUGUCUUCAACGAACAGCCAUCUCGCAUAAUCACAAUGGAAUUCAUCAGAAAUAGCAUGGAGGAAGCAAUGGACUCAGUUUGUGGCAGUACCACGGAUGCCCUGGAUCCAAGCACAAGUAUUGGGGCUUAUUACCGCAUGCUGGAGGCAAAUAGAGGAAAAACAAUGUUGGAAUUUCAGGAAUUGAUGACAGUCUUUCAACUGUUACACUGGAAUGGAAGCUUGAAAAUUCUGAGAGAAAGGAAGUGUUCCCGACAGGAUGUAAUUUCGUAUUACUCCAAUCAAGCUUUGGAUGAUUGUUUGAGAAGUCAGAUGGCACUAGAUUGGCUUAUGAAGGAAAAUAAAGCACCAGGAAUUAUCUCCGUGGAGCUCCAAUCUGCACUCAAAGACCUAGAGAGAGCCAGGGAAACUGGCCGUGAGUUGCGGUUCCACAAAGAACGGAAAGAAAUUCUGAUGCUGUCUCUCAGUCAGAUUGGAUCAGAAUCCAACAAUGAUCAAAUGUGUGAACAGACUUUAUGUGAUUUUAAUUUGUUGGGUUUGUGCAACAUAAUGCAAUUUAUUCAGGAAAGGAAUUUAUAAAGGUAAUUUAUAAUUUAUAAUAUUGUGAUUUUCUUGGUACAAUGAAACUCGACUUAACACAAAAAUGAUCAGCGACCAACCCCUGAAUUGCUUUGGAGACUGUUAUGACCUGAAUUAGGAGUUGUAAUGAGUCAUGGCGGUAAUAUGUCUUUUAAUUAAUCCAGGAAUAAUCUGCACAAAGAAAUUCAGUGAGUGUUAAUAUAUUAUGUUUACAUUAUCAUUAUUAUGUUAAUUAUGUCAUAACUGCAUCUUGCUUUAACAGCUAUUCACAUAAUAAAAUGUAAAUUUGAUAGAUUAGCAAAGGUUUCAAGCAAAAUCAAAAUGAGUUUAUUGCGUAUGCACACGAUUAGUGAAGUACAGGUACAAUAAAAAUCUUGCUGGCAGCAGCAUCUUGGGCAAACAGACAUACAACACUCAAAAACAAAAAACGUACAUAAACUAUACUGCGCGAAAAGAAAGAGACUGUGCAAAAAAACAAAAAAAAACAAGAUAUUAGUACAAAGCAAAAUGAUAAAACAAGUUCAUUGAAGUACUAGGUGGUCUAUAGUGUUAUUUGUGAGGUUGGACUUUGUAUUCAAGAACCUGAUGGUUGUAGGAAAGUAGCUGUUUUAGAAGCCAUUAGGACGAGGUUUCUGUGUGAACUAGGUUAGCAGUGAGAACGGUUGGUGGGAUCCUUAAUUUUAGAUGCCACCUUCUUGAGGCAAUGCAAUGCUUUUCAUGGAGAUGGAAAGCCUCAAUGCGAUGCUUUUCAUGGUGGGGAAGGCUGUGCCAUGAUGGUCUGGGCUGAGUCCACCGCUCUAUGGAGCCGCUUACAUUCCUGUGCAUUGGAAUUUACUUAUGAGGGCAUUUUGCAACCAGUCAGGAUACAUUCCACAGUGCACCUGCAGAAGUUUGUUAGAUAAUCAAUGACAAGCUAAAUCACUUCAAACUUCUAACAAAGUAAAGGCACUGGCACUUUAUUUUCUUAGAAUUUAUUUUGGAUGUUCUUUGCACCCUGAAUUACAAAAUGGAAACAGACCAUUUUAUCUAACUAGUAUGUGUUUAACCACAGUGUGAGCAUUAGACACAAUCCAUUUACCCACUACUUGUGAUCAUAGCCCGCGGGAGGAACUGUUCCUGGUGAAACUGCUCUAUGUGUCUAUCACGGUAUAACUAAUGCAAGCUCCAUGCAACAUCAGACAGUACCCCAUACCUACCACCUCUUUGAAUGGUUAAAAGAGAUAGCUCAAAAUGUGUUUCCCAUUAGUCCGGAUGCUCUAUGAAAAUUUACUGUGAAUUAUAUGCUCUAAUGACCCCUCCCUAAAGAUAUUCAUCUAUUAAAAUGAAUACCUUUUUUGCUUGCUUGCAUUCAAAGGGAUUCUGUAAUAUGCUUGAGGAUAAGGAUGCAUUUGCUUUUGGUGGCCUUUAACUUCUCAACGUUGUUUAAUUUUUUUUUAAUUGCAAUCCUUGGGCUUUAAUCACUGACAGGUUCUUUGCUGCCAUGAUUUCCCAUUUUGCACUAUCACACCUUUCAGCCCUAUAUCAAACUGUAAAAAUGCCAAAGGAUCAAUACAAGCUGCCUCCUGUUACCAUGGCUACAAACAAGUACAAGGGAGAAAAGAAUUAGAGUUAAAUAUUUUUAUACCAUUAGCGAAGCAAUAUCCAACAUGAUUAGUUAACAUUAAAAAAAACGAACUUGUUUAAUAUUAAAUAUCUGCAAAACCGUUUGACAUUAGCCUGAAGGCCUAGUUUUAAUAUAAAAACUCAAUGUUUUCCAGGGAAGUAAUUUUUACAUGUUAAAUAUAUUUGCAAUUC